AUGGAAACCGCCGUCGUCCCCCACUUUGGCGAGCCCAUGCUCUGGCCGUCGGCGCAUCUUUGCGAAGCUACCAACAGUCACCACAUCCAAACUCUGCUGCGUUUGCCCUCCGUUCCUUAUCCCGACUACUCCGAUCGCUUGCAUGCUGCGAUCAUGCAGGCGACCCCAGAACCCUCCUACGCCCAACAGCGCGACACUUCCACUGCAGGCGACCCCGGCCCUGCCUUGAAAAAGAAGAAACCAUCACGCCGCGCCACAGACUCAUCCAAUCAGAAGCGAAAAUGCAUCAGCACCGCUUGCGUAGCCUGCCGGAGGCGCAAGUCCAAAUGCGACGGCGCUGUUCCUAGCUGUGCUGCGUGCGCCAGCGUCUACGGCACCGAAUGUAUCUACGACCCCAACUCCGACCAUCGGCGAAAAGGCGUUUAUCGCGAAAAGACGGACGGCAUGAAGGCCGACGACGUCACCCUCAAGAUCCUCAUCGAGGCAAUCCUGAAUGCAAGCGAAGACGACAUCGACGACGUGGUACGCAGGAUACGCCACUGCGAUAGUCUGGACAAUCUAGCCCAGCAGAUACUCCAAGACGGUCCAAGUCUCGGCGGAUCGAGUGCUGAACACAGCAGCGACGAACAAUGGGUCGCCCAGGUUGACGGAGAGCGAGAUCUCGCUGGCAAAAUGGGCGAGCUGCGCAUAGAGAACGGCGCUAUACGCUUCAUCGGCGGCACAUCGCAUCUCAUCUACCUCGGCGGUACCUCCCCUGGCCAUGAUUCUGAACCCAACGCAGAGAGCUACCUCCCCUCCAUGAACCCCAUCACCAGUUGGACCGACGUCACCGGCCAUGUCAGCUUAAUCACACACCUUCUCAACAUGUACUUUACAUACCAUUACCCUUACUUUACUACUCUCUCCCGGAAGCUCUUCUGGCGCGACUUCUCAAAAGGUCGAGGCGCCGUCGGCCAAAGCUCAUCACACUGCUCUUCGUUGCUUGUCAAUGCAAUGCUGGCGUUGGGCUGUCACUUUUCUGACCUCGCAGGAGCCUGCAGUACCCUUGGUGACACGAGAACAAAGGGCGAUCACUUUUUUGCGGAAGCGAAACGCCUCAUUAUGGAAGAGGAUGAGUUUGAGCGACCCCGGCUCGUCACCGUUCAAGCACUGGCUCUCAUGUCUGUGCGUGAGGCAGGCUGUGCGCGUGAAGCCACAGGUUGGGUCUACAGCGGCAUGAGCUUCCGAAUGGCGCAGGAUAUUGGGCUCAACCUCGACAUCAGUUAUAGUGACAGAAAUUUCAUGACUGACGAAGAGAUUGAUGCUCGCCGAAUCACAUUCUGGGGGUGCUUCAACGUUGACAAGUGCUGGUCAAACUACCUCGGCCGCCUACCCCAACUACCCAAAUCCACAUUCACUGUGGCCAAAUUUGACGUCUUUCCAGAUGAAGAUGCCUCGCCAUGGAUACCACUCACGGACAAGGGAUUCGACGAGUCGUCUAAACAGCCCUCGAGGACGCGUGCUGUUGCAUUGCAACUUUCAAGCCUCUGCGAAAUUAGCAGUGAUCUUUUGCUGUUCUUUUAUCACCCCAACCACAUUCACCGGUCGACAGGUAAGACAGCAGAGUUGAAGAAACUCAGUGAGCUUCAUAAACGGCUGGAAGAGUGGCGCAAGAACUUGCCGAAAGAGUUUGAGCCUGGGGAUGGACAGCUUCCCAACGUGAUCCUCAUGCAACCAUUUCUCAAGUACUCGCCCAGUUCUUCGCCCCUUCCGUCACACAUAUCCCCUAGACGAAUCUGUACUUCCAACGCGGGUGCAAUCUCCAAGUUGAUGCGACUCUACAAGAAGAAUUGGAAUCUGCGGCAAAUAUGUAAUAUUGCCGUGUACAUGACACAUAGUGCCUGCACGAUACACUUGCUCAACCUCCCCGAGAAGACGGCGAAACGGGACUUGACGCAUGGUGUCAAACACCUGGAAGAAAUUUCCGAGGACUGGCUAUGUGCCCGACGCACUCUGAGGAUCCUGAGCGUGCUGGCGAGGAAAUGGAACUGUGCUCUACCGGAGGAGGCAGCGCAGAUCCUGCAGCGAACCGACGAGCUGUACGGCCACUAUAGCACCUCUGAAGUCCCGUCGCCCAAAUCGAGCGCCGGACUGUCGCCACAGGCCCCCAUAGAUGAGACUGCUGCUGUACAAUCACACAUGCAACCGUCACACGUCAACCAGCACCCGAGCCCCGGUAGGGUGCAGUUUGCUCAGUCUGCCAUGAGCCAGGCCGCUGGGCCGCAAGCUUCCAUCAGUGCGAGACUCGGCAUGAACAAUGGGCCCAUAACGCCCCAACAACGACAUGGCCAACCCCAACGAGACGUGGGAGUCGAGACACAGCAUAUUCCCUACGCGCCAGGAACGAUGGACAGCUGGGGCCAACCAAUCAUGGCUUCGUCUCCCGCGGCGGGCGUGUACCCGACCAGCUCGUCGGCUGCCGGCCUGGGCUCGAAUGCGGAAGCGAUUCGGGAAUUCGCGGGGUCCCGCAUCGCAGGCAGUGGAGGGCUCACCGGGCAGGGUGCUGGUCUGGACAAUAACCAGUGGAUCCUGAGCGACAGCGCCAAGUGGCAGCACAACUUUAAUGGAUGGGAGCUGGGACAGCCGCUGCCCGGGGCCAUGCAGUUUGCGUUCCCGUCGCAAGGCCCCCUGCCACUGGGCACAAACCAUGCGGCUGCCGCUGCGGCGGCGGCGGCGGCUGCCAGCAUGCAAACCAUGGGUCAUCCGCCGUCCAAUCUGGAGACGUUUGAUGCGUCCAUGCACGAUACAAGAUGGCUACCGAACCUCGAAUAA